GAGUCAGUUUGUAUUUUAAUCUGUAGGUGCGGGCGUACCUAGUGAAUACUAGUGAAAGAAAAUUUUGAGUAAUUUGGGAAAUAUGUUUAUAGUUUUCUUAAGAAUAUGAUUUUUACGUCUUUAUGUAGUAAUUAUUGGUAGUAAAUUAUUUCCCUUUAUAUAUUCAUGUAUUUUAGUUUGUGUUUCCCUUUUAGUGUUGAUAUAUAAUUCUUUAGCAUUUAUUGUAAACACGUUUGAGAUAUUUAUUAAAAAAUGUAUAUCACUCGGAUUCUGAAUAAACUAUGAGUCACUGGUUUUUAUCUACGGUGCAUAAGUGAGGGAUUUCGGUGCGUAUAUUCCCGUUUGUUGAAAGUAUGGCUGAUUUAAUUCGCGCUAUGGGGGCGCCUAUCGGACCCCCUGUAAAGGACAAGUUGGGUUCUCCGUCGACGGAAUCCGAAGACGGGGGAGGUGAUAUAGCCGAGCUGGCGGCCGAUCUAGAACUCGAUGAAGCCGACGGGCCAAGUACUAACGGCGAACGUCAGGCUGUUUUGGCACCACCAGAGACCGAGUGGUACCAUGGCCGUUUGGACAGGUAUACUUCAGAGGAAAGACUGUGGGCUGCUGGAAAAUUGGGCAGUUACCUAGUUCGCGAAAGUGACCGUAAGCCCGGCUCGUAUGUCUUAAGUUAUUUGGGACGCACCGGAAUCAAUCACUUUCGGAUAACGGCUGUCUGUGGUGAUUACUACAUAGGUGGUCGUCAGUUUGAUUCCCUGACCGAGCUCGUCGGCUUCUAUAGUCACUGUUCGGAUCUACUGAAGCGUGAAAGGCUUGUGGAGCCGGUUCCUCCUCCGGAACCGGUUAAUGAUAAAAAGAGGGUAGUUGCCAUACUGCCGUACACCAAAAUGCCCGACACGGACGAGUUGACGUUUCAAAAAGGCGAUAUAUUCUUCGUGCACAACGACAUGGGCGACGGCUGGCUGUGGGUCACGGCUCACAGAACUGGUGAACAAGGAAUGAUCUUCAGAGAGCUGGUCGAGGAUCUAGAUCCUUCCAUAGACCCCAACACGGUUUUCUCGUGGUUCCACCCGAACUGCACCAAGAGUGAGGCAGUUGACAUGCUGGUGAAGGCCGGCCCGGGCAGCUUCCUCGUCAGACCCUCGGACAACUCCCCCGGGGAUUACUCCUUGUUCUUCCACAUCAACAACCAGAUCCAAAGGUUCAGGAUAGAGAAGAAAGGGGUGAGGUAUCUGAUGGGUGGCAGGACUUUUGAAUGCUUGGACGCCGUGAUCAACAGAUAUAGGAAGGAGCAGAUUGUUGAAGGACAUACAUUGGGACAGCCUUUAAUCGCCGAAGGUCACCAGAUCGAACCGCAGCAGAACACGACCGGCGCUGCGGCUGAGAAAAUAUACGCGACACUGCGCGAAUGCAGGGACCAGAUCGGUCUGAACAAGAUGAAGGGAAUCAAGCACCAAGGGUAUCUGAACAAGAAGUCCGACAAGGCCGCUAAGAAAUGGAAGGCAUUGUACUUCGUGCUGUUGCAAGAGGGCACUGAUACGCAUCUCUACUUCUACGACUCGCCGAAAAGGACCAAGCCAAAGGGGUUGAUUGAUUUGUCGUGCGCUUAUUUGUAUCAGGUCCACGAGUCUCUCUGGGAGCGUGAGUUCUGUUUCCAACUGGUGGAGCGCGCCCUGCCGUGUCUCUCCACCCACACGUUCCUGGCGGCCAACUCCGCCGCCGAGGAGCGCGCGUGGCUCGAGGCGCUGCGGCCGCUGUGUGUGCCGCAGCAGGCCAGGCACCAGUGCAAGGUGGCGCGCGUGGUGUGGCUGCGCGCGCUGCGCGUGCGGUGCCUGACGGCGCACCGGCUGCCCGCGCGCCUGGCGCCGCGCCCGCACCUGCGCCUGGCGCUGGGCGCCGCGCCCGUGGCGCGCACGCGCCCGCGCCCCUCGCCCGACCCGCACUGGGACGACGAGUUCGUCUUCGACGACGUGCCUCCAGAUGUGACGUCAUUCACAAUCACAGUUCACAAUACCGGAAAGAGGGGCAAGGAAUCCGAAGUGGCCGAAUUAACAAUUGAACUGGCGAGCUUAGCGAAUGGCGAAGAAAUCGAGGAGUGGUAUGCUCUCGCUGGAAUGACUCCGAUCGGUGAAUGGGGCUCUUUAAGACUGCGCAUAAGGUAUAUGCAAGAACUGGUAAUGCCCCGCGAGGAAUACAACCCGCUUCGCCAACUGCUGCUCGAGCCAGGCCUGCUUGCUGUCAAGGCGUUGGCAGAUCUGUGUCGUACUGACAGGCAACCGUUGGCCACGUCGGUGCUGCACGCGUUCACGGAGUGCGGGCGCGGCGCGGAGCUGGCGCGCGAGCUGGUGGGCGCCGAGGUGGCGCGCGAGACCGACCACCGCGCCAUGUUCCGCGGCGCCUCGCUCGCCACCGCCGUCGUCGACGAGUUCAUGCACUCGCAGUGCAAGCCCUUCCUGCAGGCCGCAAUAGCAGAGACUGUUCAGAAAUUAAUAGACUCGAAACAAUCAGCAGAAUUGAACCCGACGAAAAUGGACUCACCAGACGACGCGUGUAACAACGCUGAAUUUUUGCUCAUGAUCCUUGAUCAGAUUACGCUGUCAAUUUUCACGUCCCCCGAGGCCUGUCCAAGACCGGUGCGGUAUUUGUGCGGUUGCCUGCAAAAGGCCGCGGUUGCCAAGUGGCCCAACGAGAGAUUCGUGCGAACCAGGGUUGUAUCAGGGUUCAUCUUCCUGCGGCUGAUCUGCCCGGCGCUGGUGGAGCCGCGCGCGUGGGGGCUGGUGGGCGCGGCGCCGCCGCCGCACGCGCAGCGCUCUCUACUGAUGGUUGCCAAGUGUCUGCAGAACCUCGCCAACCUCGUCGAGUUCGGCGCCAAGGAACCUUAUAUGGAAGUUGUGAAUCCGUUUAUACUGAAAAAUAAGGAGCGUAUGGUGGUGUUUUUGGACCAGUUGAGUAACGUUCAGGACCCAGGGAAUCCACCACCGAACUCUAACAACAACUUUGAUAUUGCGAAGGAAUUGGCGACACUACAUCACAUAUGCGUGUCGCAUCUCACUGAGCUUCAAGGCUUGGCCAAGACCCAACCUGCUAUACGAAAAUUGGUUACCGUCACUGAAAUGCUGACUAAACACAAGCACAAGUAUUUGGAGAUGAUCAGAUAGGGUACGCCUACAAACAACACAGGGUAAAAUUUAUCAGAAAAGCGGUAAACGUAGCGCGUAGAAAUAAGUUCUUCGAUGUAGUGAUAAGUACUCAAUAGUUGUACGUAUGUAUUGCGUAGUCGUUAUAAGCUUUACAGUACGCGCACACGGGCGGUGGAAUGUUCGGCUGUCAAAUAGCCGCCUCAAGGAUUAUACAAGAAGUUCCCGCGAAUGAGAAAUGCGACGCGGCGGCACGUGACAGACGGUUUGAAUACAACACACAAUUAGGAAUACCCGCGCACUUACUAUAGAUGACGAAUGCAAUAUAAAAAGGUUUCUUUAUCGUCGAUGUAGCAUUAAAAUUUGGAAAUUAAAACCUUUCUGUAAUAACAUAAAUAUAAGUCGUCGGAAGUAGUGGAUAGUCAUUGAAAAACUUUGUGGGAUAUUCAUGUAGAUCGUUACAUUUUUCUUUUUAUAAAUAUUACCUUAUAUAAAACGAUCUCUUCUAGAGUGGUAACAUGCGUGUCUAUUUAUUUUAUUUUAGAAGAUUUUUUUCUAAGAGGGUUUGCCACUCGUAACAAAAGUUUGUGUAUGCAAAUUUAAAACUUAUAUCAGUAAUUACUGUUAUUGAAGCAUACAAAUUUAAAAUAAUUUCAGUAAUUACUGUUAUUGAAAUAUUCCGCACAUGGACCGCCCGUACGCCCUUAGGUUUAAUAUUUUUUUAUUGACGAAUAAACCCUCAAGUUUCGAGUCUCUACAUUCGACAGUCUUCAUACAUUGCGGGCAGAAAUGCGUAAGGGCAGUACGCACGCACGAGGAUAUACAUUUUGUGACGUAACAUUUUUGUAGUUAAAUAUGCGUUUAAUACAGACUAGGUGGAGGAAUGAGUUGACCAAGACUUACAUUGCCGUAAUAAUAAAUCGUAUUGAAAUAGCUUAGUCAUUCAACAUAAUUCAGAAAUAUUAAAUAAAAUAGAUUUGUAGACAGUAUAACAGCUACACGUGUCUUCUCUCUGUCCACCACUUCGCUUGGUUCAAUUAAAUAUGCUUUUUCGUGCCAAAUAUUAUGUUGGAUUGUGUGUUUAUAUGUGUGUAUCCUUUAAUUUUAAGUAUAUUAUUAUUUUAUUUAAACCAUGUAUUCCAUAUUAUUUAUUCAAAGUGAAAUCGAACUUAGCUCUCUAGUGUGUUUAAAAGUAUUUAUUGCUAGACAUGAUUAUGUAAUCUUAGUUUUGAUGAGCAUUUAUUUUAAUCAUAAGUGGAUUUUAAAGUAUAAUAUUCACGAAUUUAGGUUACGCUCAGUAUUUUAUACACAAGCCUUAUGACAUGUCAUUUGUAGGGUGUAAUAUGACAUGAUUACACGCGGCGAUGAACAUUUAAGCACAACUAAUUAUAAGUAUUUACUAAAAAUGCUUUAAGAAGAAAAUUAGGACGUUGGGCAUAAGGAAUCUUGUGUAGGCAACUUUACGAAAUUAACUUUUUAUACGGCUUUGAUUAUUUAAUUUAAACUUUUGUAUUGGGUAAGUAAAUUUCCCAAGUAGGUGUGUAAAUUAUAAAUGCAAAUUCAAGGACACAGUACGAAGCACUGCGUAUGUUUAAUUUUUAACGAUGAUAAAUUGUACUAUAUGUCACUUCCCCAUUGACUACUUCACACGUUGCCUUUGAAUUUUCGCAUAUAAUUUACAUAAAUCCCAAUAUUUCCUACGCAUAAAGCUGUAACUUUAGAUGUAGAUAUCUAGUUUUAGAGUAAAGUUUGACCAGCACUCGUGAGACACCAAAAACGUAUUAGUAAAAGCAUGAAUGUGGUGAUUUGUGGGUGAAAUGGUGUAACAAUAUAAAAUUGCAACAUUUUGAAAUUGCACUUAAAAUUUUUGCAGUGCACUUUGAAAUACUUUAUCACUGUGAUAACCAUUAAUUAUUCCUUAUUUCCUCUCUUUCUGUGAUUACCUACGUUUAUCAUUAUUUAUCUGGUUUAAAUCUCUCAAUUAUUCAAUAUUAUAAUCUAGGCUGUUGUAAUAAAUAACUCAGGGACACAACAUUUUAAAUAUAAUAUGGCUCGAGUUCAACGGGUGAUUAACCGUUAAAAAUACUUUUAAGGUAUUUACGUCAGUUUGAAAAAUAUCUUAUGUGAAAAAUAAUUUAUCCUAUCGGCAGUAUAAUAAUUGUAAUUCUUUAUUAAAACCCAUUUAAAUUUAUUUUACUAGUUGUGUCUCAGAAAGAAAUGUUCCCCGAGCUUUAAAGACUUCCUCCCCUUCCUCUUGCUCAAUCAACUUGUAUUUUUACAUAAUAUAUUAUUAUCUAGUGCCAUAUUAUCUCUAUUUAUAAAUUUAUACUCCUUACAUCACAACUGUUUCUAAUAUUACAAUAAUGAUUUGUCUAGAAAUUGCAAAUCGUUUUUGGGAUAUUGUAAUAAUAUCUUAUUUGAUUAAUCUGCUUUAAUUUUUUUUAUAUUCAUAAUUUUAAUAAUGCUGGAAUUAUUAGGAACGCCGAACGAAACACAACGGCAAGCAAAUGAUAAGUAAGGAAUGAAUACACAAAGUUUUGUGCAUCAAAGUGCUAAUUUAUAGGCAAGAGUUUAAAGAAACAAUGCCCCACUUAGUUUUGGAAGCACAUUCUUGAUCUCAAUAAGCGAAAGAAUUGUCUCAAAACUACAUGUAUUAUUCUGUAAAACGUCAGAAAAUGACUGAUAGCUUCUAAAAUAUACUUAAUUAUAGCCAUAUGGCGUAGUCAAAGUCAAAUACACGGUUAUAACAUAAACACAUAGGUCACAAUUCUAUAAAUUGAAUAGAUAAACCGAAAUAACUUGUGUGUUUUAGCUUUAAAGGUUGAUAUUUGAUUAUUACAUCAAUAGAUAUGCAAUACUGAAAUAGCAAUGUUAAGUUUAUGCAAACAAAUGCAUCGAAUUUCAGCUGUUUAAUAAAGUAGCCUGUAGGUCUAGAGGAAAUGUCGUCGCUGUAUUUAAGUGUGCUAUUUAGCUUACGAUAGGAAAUACCUAGACUGAUAUAAGCUCCAAUUAGACACGUUAGUAUAAUGUAUUAUUACACAUUAGAUUUUCCACCAAAAUUGUGACAAAAAGUGAUAAAUAUUACAAGUUUCGGCCCAUUUGAUACAAAAUUUUGUACUGAAAUUCAGAGAUUAAAUAUAUCCAUGAGGUAACAUUAGAAUUAAUAUUGUUAACAAUUUGUAUCAUUGAUUUAUUUUUCUCGCCUUGUUCAUUGUGUUACAUAAAAGAAACUUUAUUUUUGUAGUCUCCACCAAGCUGCUAAAAUUGCAGUUCUGAUAAUGCUAAAAAGUUGUUUUAUAUUAUGUUGCAAAUCUCUUGUUCUUCCAUUAAGGUUAUAUUAAUCAUUUUUUAAACAGUGUAAUUGGAUUUUUGUAUACUAUUGAUUUGUAUAAUUAUUUAUUUUGUAUUGGAUUUUUUCAAUGCAAUAGAAUAACUUAUACUUUAUUGUAAAAACAGUAAUGUGAGUGCACUUGUUAAUAUUUGCAUAUCACAAUUACUGCUUCCAUUGUAAUAGAACUAUACAGAAGUUAUCAUGUUUUGUGGAAUUGUCACACCAAUAAGUUAUUCAAGGUUAAUUAUGUGGUAUGUAAUGAUUAGUAUUACAUUUUGUGACUGUUUUGUAAUCUCUUUAUAUUCUAUCCCUUAGUGUGUACUGUUUUUUAUUAAAUUUUUAUCUGUGCUAGAAAUCCAGUCAUAUAAAAUAAAACUAUUGAAAUAA